AUGGCACCCUCAGAUGAGCUCGAUUACCUCAAGCACCUCGUAGCACAGCUCAAUGAGAAAAUUCACGCACUCGAGGAGAAAGCAAAGGCUGUCGUUCCACCGAGGAAGACGCCUGCUCAACAGCUUCGAACUAUUCUUAUGGGUCCUCCUGGUGCCGGGAAGGGAACGCAGGCCCCGCGGAUACGUGAGGAGUUUUGCGUCUGCCACCUCGCGACGGGCGACAUGCUUCGCGAGCAAAUAUCCAAGAAAACUGAGUUGGGGAGGAUGGCUAAGAAAGUUAUGGAUGCCGGAGAGCUCGUCACAGAUGACAUCAUGGUUAACAUGAUCAAGGAUCAGCUCGAGAAUAACAAGACUUGCAAGAACGGAUUUGUCUUGGAUGGUUUCCCAAGGACCGUUCCCCAGGCCGAGAAACUCGACUCCAUGCUUGACUCCCGCGGUGAAAAGCUUGACAAUGUCGUCGAGUUGCUCAUCGACGAUCAGCUACUCAUCUCUCGUAUCACCGGUCGUCUCAUUCACCCGGCUUCAGGACGGACGUAUCACAAAGAAUUCCAUCCACCUAAAAAGCCUAUGACAGACGACGAAACCGGCGAGCCGCUCAUCCAGCGCUCCGAUGACAAUGUAGAAACGUUGCGGAAGCGUCUCACAACUUUCCACAAGCAGACUGGUCCCGUUGCAGAUUACUACAAAGCCAAGGGCCUGUGGCAUGGCAUUGACGCCGCUCAAAGUCCGGGCGUCGUUUGGGACAACCUACGCAAAGUGUUCCGGACCCCACCUGCAAAGUCGUAA